AUUUUUGCUUCUUUUUCUCUUUUCCUCUUCCAUCGAUCAUCGGUUUAUACAAGAAGAGCUAGGGGAAGAUGGGAAGAGGGAGAGUGGAGUUGAAGCGGAUCGAGAACAAGAUCAACCGGCAAGUAACCUUCGCAAAGCGCCGGAACGGUCUCUUAAAGAAGGCCUAUGAGCUCUCGGUCCUCUGCGAAGCUGAGGUCGCCCUCAUCAUCUUCUCCAACCGCGGGAAGCUUUAUGAGUUUUGCAGCAGCUCUAGUAUGCUGAAGACAUUAGAACGGUACCAAAAGUGCAGCUAUGGGGCUCCAGAAGCAAAUGUUAUAUCAAGGGAAACACAGAGUAGUCAGCAGGAGUACUUGAAACUCAAAGCUCGGGUUGAAGCCUUACAAAGAUCCCAGAGGAAUCUCCUGGGCGAGGACCUUGGUCCCCUCAGCAGCAAGGAACUCGAACAGCUGGAACGGCAGCUGGACGCUUCACUUAAGCAGAUAAGAUCAACACGGACGCAGUUCAUGCUCGAUCAGCUUGCUGACCUACAGCGAAGGGAGCAAAUGCUCUGCGAGGCUAAUAAAACGCUGAAAAGGAGGUUGGAAGAGAGUAACCAGGCAUCCUCACAGCACGUCUGGGAUCCCAGCACUGCUCAUGCUAUGGGGUACGAUCGGCAGUCGGCUCAGCCUCAUGGUGAUGCCUUCUACCACCCCUUGGAGUGCGAACCCACAUUGCAUAUAGGGUACCAUUCUGAUUUAUCGAUUGCACCAAUGGCUGCUCCAAAUGUCAAUAAUUACAUGCCACCUGGCUGGCUUGCAUGAAUAACUAGACCACUCAUUGCCUCGUAUAGUCCUAACAAACUUUGUGUUAAUUUUGGCCAUGUCUGUAUAAGAUUUCUAUUCUAUUUGGUGUUCUCAAGGUCAUUUAUAUGUAAACAUAUCUAUAAAGCUUCUUAAACAGGAGGGCCUGAAAUAGAAGACAAUGUUUUAUAAUCAUAUGAGACUACAAUACAUCUUUCUCGGCUUCAAUUUUUCAAUUAUUCCCAUCUGAUUGAUAGUUCAAGCCACAUUUAAUUUUGGAAAUGUAUGAGUGCCUGA